AUGAAGGAUAUAAUCCAACCAGCAGACGAGACUGCAAACGAAUUCUGCUUCUUAGGGGAGAAAUCCAAGAUUAAGAAGCGCAUUUUGGCAAUCAUGAGCUAUACAUGCGUAGAAGGAAGUCUGGCUCUAUCUAUCGAAAUUGCCUCAAGCCUCCUUCCAAAUCAUAGAGCUGAUGCAUUCGAUCCACCAGAAGAUUCUUGUACAUCCGUGAUUGAUUGCUUUCUUCGAUGGUUAUUGGACGGAUUUCACAAGUGGGAUGCCAUCUACUUUCACUUUAUAUCUAUGAACGGUUAUCUCUAUGAGAACACUCUUGUAUUUUUUCCUCUGUUUCCCAUAGUUCUGAGGUUCGUUUCUGAUUUACUCUACGCCUUCGUACCCUUGUGCAGUUUUUGGACGCAUUCCAUCCUCAUUGGUGUAUUUUUAUGUUUUCUUUGUAAUCUUUUGUCGGCCAUCCAAAUGUAUCGCCUUUCUAAGCUCGUAUUGAUGAAUAACUCUUUGUCCCUUGUUUCUGCCCUUCUAUUUGUGAUCAAUCCCGCCUCAGUUUUCUUCACUACAUUGUAUUCCGAGGCUUUGUACAGUUUUCUCUUCUUAUCGGCUCUCAUCUGGAUUCAUGAACGUAAUUAUACGGCCGGAUGUCUAAUUCUUUCCAUGACCGUGUGCUGCCGUAGCAAUGGAUUAGUGAACUGUGGAUUUCCAUGCUUUUUUCGUUUCAUUUGCUUUGUAAAGGAGGUGAAAUCUCUUUACAAGAAAGGUCGUGGUGGUUUCCUUCAACAUUUGUGUUCGCCUCUUCCUUCAAUCACGGCUGCCGCGUUCAAUUUUUUUCUUGCACUUUCAGUGAUGAUCCUUUGUGUUAUCUCCCCAUACUUGAUGUAUCAAUGCUACGCUGGAUUUCUCUACUGUUACGCAUUUCCCAAAUCUUCGUCAUUCACUUUUUUGCUGCCAAGAGCGCCGAAUUCUGAAUUGUAUAAACUGGCUGAUGAGCUUGGUGUUCUAACUCCAUAUUCAGUUAACUCGUCAUUUCAUCCUGAUUGGUGCGCUGGUGUGCCCUGGUCUUCGUACAUGCUACUUCAAAAAAGAUUUUGGGGCGUCGACACCCUUGCUUAUUAUCGGUGGAAACAAGUGCCAAACUUCCUCCUAGCUCUUCCAGUUCUCUUCCUAGUGUUCAAGACGGUUAGCUUAUUUGGGCAGAAGGCCGCAAAGACACUGUUUUCUUUUGGAAUUUUCGAAGAUUCCAUAAAGCAGCGACUUUUACUUCCGUAUGUUUAUCAUGCCCUUUUCCUUUCUGCAUACGGAAUUGUCAAUGUUCAUAUUCAGGUUCUCACACGCAUGCUCUUUUCGUCAUGUCCAGUGCUGUACUGGUACUGCGCCUCCGUGUUAUUGAAUGAACAGGAUAAUUUAUUCGGGCGGCCACGUCUACGUAAAGCCAAAAUUAAAGCAAACUUGAUGUUCCAUCAGCCAAAAAACUUGUUUCACCUUGUAAAUCCGCUGCGUUAUCCACCUUGGUCAUCCCAGCGGAUGCUGUUGUAUUACUUUUACUCUUAUAUUGCUAUUGGCUGUAUUAUGCACUCAAACUUUCUUCCGUGGACUUGA